GUGCUGGUGCCCGGGGAGGCCUCACGUGUCAGCUGCUCCCCGAGCCCCCAGGAGAUCAACUGUGGCUCUGGGGCACCUCUCAGGGAGAGAAGGGAGCUGAAGCGGCUGUCUCCAAAGCUUGAGGAGGAGGCAAAAGCCUUGGAGGAGGAAGAGAGGCAGAAGGAGAAAGAGAAGCAGAAGAAAGAAAAGAAGGGUGUCUCUGUGGGGAAGGAACCUCCAAAAGCAGAGAAGGGGAAAACCAAACCCCCAGAGAAGAAGGAAAGCAAGGCCCCAGAGAACAAGGACACCAAAAUCCCACCAAGGAAGGAAAUCAAAGAACCAGAGAAGAUGGAAAACAAACUUCCAGAAAAGAAAAACAAACAUCCAGAAAAGAAAGAAACCAAAAUCUCAGAGAGGAAGGAAAGCAAAGCCCCAGAGAAGAAGGAAAGCAAGGCCCCAGAGAAAAAGAACACAAAAGCAUUAGAGAGGAAGGAAACUAAAUUCCCUGAGAAGAAGGAAACCAAAGCCCCAGAGAGGACGGAAAGCAAACUCCCAGAAAAGAAAUACAAACCUCCAGAAAAGAAGGAAACCAAAUUCCCAGAGAGGAAGGAAAGCAAGGCCCCAGUGAAGAAGGACACCAAAGCAUUAGAGAGGAAGGAAACCAAAUUCCCAGAGAAGAAGGAAAACAAAGCCCCAGAGAAGAUGGAAAACAAACUCCCAGAAAAGAAAUACAAACUUCCAGAAAAGAGGGAAACCAAAUUCCCAGAGAGGAAGGAAACCAAAGUCCCGGAGACGAAGGAAAUCAAAAGCCCAAAGAAGGAAAGCAAAGCCACAGAGAAGAAGGAAAUGAAAAGCCCAGAGAAAAAGGAAAGCAAAGCCCUAGUAAAGAGGGAAAUCAGAAUUCUAAAGAAGGAAACCAAAUCUCCAGAGAAGAGAAGCAAACCUCCAGAAAAGAAGGAAACCAAAUUCCCAGAGAGGAAGGAAAUCAAAAUCCCAGAGAAGGAAAUCAAAGCACCAAAAAAGAAGGAACCCAAAGCCCCAAAGAAGGGGGAAGCCAAAGCCUGAAAGAAGGGAGGAACCAAAAUCCCAGAGAACCCAGCUGAGCUGGAGAAGAACUCUUUAUUUUAUUCACACAACUUAUUUUAUACAGUUUGACAAACCUAAUGUGCAACUUUAG